GCAGACCAACCUUCAGGCUGGAACUAUUUUUAGCUUCCUUGUUGCAGGGGGACAGAGAAGAGCGGAGGACAGAGGCUGAGAAACUGUAAACAGGGAAGCAAUGCAGAAGCAAGGCAACCAUAGGAAAGUGUGCAGGAUGGUAAGGGCACGGUCCACUGCCUGCAGGACAGCUUCAUAGAUACUGCACAGGGUUUCAACUUGAAACAGUUCAAAAUCAACCUAGCCACAAGGGGACUUCAAGGCUAGUUAAUGUAUCAUCUUUAACUACAAUAUCAGCAAAGAAUGGAGGCUCUGGAAGUAGACGACAUCAGUCCAGCACUUGAGGUCACCGAAGACCUCUUCAAUUCAUUUGAUAAUCUAGAGCACGUGAGUCAUCAGUCUGAAGCCUUUGGCAUUCAUGAAGUUCCAGAACUCUUGGGAAAUGAUAUAUCUGAUAGAAUAAAGCUGCAUGUUGAUGGUCAAAAUGCCAAUAAUUCUAAACGCAGCAUCAUUUGGGAGAGAUGCAAAAGUAGCCUCUUUGAUGCCAAAGCAAAGAAUGGUAUUCAUGCCAAAGAACAUUUUUCAUCAACCAGAAGAACAUUUCCGGAUGUGCCUUCUUUGGCUGGAGAAGGAAAAGACUCUUCCUCGAUUAAGUUUUUUACACCUUGUCAUCAUAGACGUGACAGACCUCGCUCAGUUAAUGACACGGUAGUCCUUAAUGAAGAGACUCCUAAAUUUAGACCAGGACACAACAGAUCUCGGUCUGAUGUCAGUCAUGUAGACUGGAAUAAUGUCCGCAAACCUGCUCCGUUGCAGCGGUCAUCAAGCCAAGGGGUUCACUUCACCAGAGAUAUUGAAGGAAAUACCGAGCAUAUGUUGCCAAAUAUUCUCAAGAAAGGAUUCCUGGAAACAAGGAAAACUCACGAAAGCUUCUGGAAAAGUAGCUAUGCUGAGAUAACCCAAUAUAAACUUCACAUCUACAGUCGGGACAGCAGCGGAAACCACAAUGCUGUUACUGCUUAUCCUCUUGCUCGCAUUGAAAGCAUCACAUUAACCGGAAGCCAUGAGACCAAAUUGGUUGAUGUCUUAAUGUCAGACAACAGCCAGUUGCAAUUGAAGGCAGAUUCUGCGUGGGAGGCACUGGACUGGGGGCAAAAAUUAUGGGAGGGAGUACGUGCUUUGACUUUCAUUCCAGAUUACAUGAGACCUCAGAAUGAUGUCAUAACAAGAUCAAACACCACAAGUGACAAUAAUAGUGACUUUCUGGAAACUCACAGCUUGUCAAAUACGUCUAAUCAACUUUCGAGGACAAUUAACUUGACAAAUGGGUAUCAAAAAAGUAUUUUGAAAACAGGGACUUUAUAUCGAUUAACAUUGCAAAAUAAUUGGAAAGCCUUCACAUUCGUUCUCACCAGUUCACACUUUGCAGCUUUUCAGCCAAGUUGUCUGGAUGAAGACCCAUUGCUUAGUUAUAACAUUGAUACAUGUGUGUCUGUGCAGAUGGACAAUCUUGAUGGUUAUGAUUCUUGUUUCCAAGUUAUUUUUCCUCAAGAUGUUCUUCGUCUUCGGACGGAAACUCGCCAGAGGGUGCAGGAAUGGAUGGAUGCUAUUAUAUCCGCUGCUAAUGUUGCUAGGAAGCCCGAUCAGAAUAUACUAGUGCCUCUUAGGAGCAAAUCCAAAGGACAACUAUCUUUAAGGGAGCUGCAGAAGAGCAAGCGCCAGUCUGUCACCACAAGUUUUCUUGGAAUCCUGACCACAUUGGCCUUAGAAAGGGGGCUUACAGCUCAGAGCUUCAAGUGUGCAGGGUGCCAGAGGCCAAUUGGACUUUCCAAUGAAAAGGCCAAGGUGUGCAGUUACAGCGGGUGGUAUUAUUGUAGCUCAUGCCAUGGUGAUGAUGGUUUCAUUAUACCUGCACGGCUUGUUCACAACUGGGACACAUCGAAACACAAGGUAUCCAAACAGGCAAAAGAGUUCUUGGAGUAUGUGUAUGAAGAGCCAUUGAUUGACGUGCAGCAGGAGAACCCAUUACUCUACCGCCAUGUGGAUGCAUUAGCACAAGUUGUACGUCUGAGGCAGCAGCUAAAGUCACUCCGAGCCUAUCUUUUCAGCUGUCGUGCGGUAGUUGCAGAGGAUCUGCGUAGGAGAAUUUUCCCUCGUGAAUAUCUUUUUCAGCAAAUCCACCUAUACUCCCUCGCAGACCUGCAGCAGGUAGUUGAAGGCAAGUUGUCUCCUUUUCUAACAAAAGUGAUCAAGUUUGCUACAUCGCAUGUCUACAGCUGCAGCCUUUGUAGUCAGAAGGGCUUCAUCUGUGAGAUCUGUAACAACGGAGAGAUCCUGUAUCCCUUUGAGGAAAACUCCACGAGCAGGUGUGAAAACUGUGGCGCUGUGUUCCACAGUGAGUGCAAAGUGAAAACUGUUCCAUGUCCCCGAUGCGUGCGUAAGGAACUGCAGAAGAAACAGAAAUCUUUUUGGAAACGGCUAAAUGUGGAUGACAGCUGGGACGAGUCCUGUAGUAUGUUUGAGCUGUCCUACCAGGGCACAUGACCACAGACUGAGUACAUCUUCAAACCAUUGCACUCGCUUUCUUUCCCUAGUUGCUGCGGAAAUAAGUCAGUGUCCCUAUUAGAGAUCCUUUCUAAAGUGAUAGUUGGUGCCUACUAACCUGUCAUAGAAGUCUUCAACUAACAUUUGUAUUAGCAUUAUAUUAGUGUCAUUAGCCAUCUAUUUUAUACCAAAUUAACUAAAGACAUCUCCUAUCUACUGCAUGCACAUGCCUUAUGUAUAAAUUAGAAAUGGCAGUAGAAAUUAUUUCUAAUACGCUGAUUUACUGAUCAGAUUGUAAUUACUUAACAAAAAUAAAAAAUAAAAAAAUGGAAGCUCUUAUAUGUAGCAUGCAAAACAGCGGUGUUGGCUUCCAAUUACACACUUACUGUAAGAAUGUCAUACAGGCCCUUCUUGUGCAUGUGCAGAAAACCUUAAAACAGCCUCAGGUCAUCUUUAUCUGUCAGUUGGUAUACCCAGCUGAAGGUUGCCAUCUUAGUAUGAAAACCAAGUAAAGCCAGGCUCACAUCUGCAUUGUGAACUCCGAUACUGUAAUCUGGUCACUGUAUCCGGCGUACAUGCUGGCUUUUAGCCGGACCAAAAAAUGCUACACCCAACAUUUUUUGUCCAGCCAAAUGUUUGUUAUAUGCCAGAAAGCGGACAGAUUACCAUCAGAUCCUAUUACAGUGAAUGGGGAUUCGGCGGUGCAUGGUGGUAUCUAGCUAUGCCAGAUACGGUGAACUCUGGCGGUCUGUUCCUCCGCUGGAGUUCAUAGCACAGAUGUGAACUUAGCCUAAGUGAGAUGCUCAUUGUCAUCACAGAGGUCACUUAUCCACUGAAAAUUAUCUGAAAACAUCUUAAGUACAUUUAUAUUUAUUGUAAGACAGAAUUGCUGGGACAAUUGUAUUUAUUGUGUAAAUGUGGGCAGUGUCACUGCCGCAUAAUCAUUAUGCUUAACUGGUCAGUGGAUUGUCAUUCCUGCUCUGUAUCCCUCAAACCCGCAAAAACAAAAUAGACCUAAAUAAAGAGUAAGUUACAAACUA